AUGUCGCCCCCUAGAAGCAGCUCUGAGGAGGAAGAUGACGACGGGGACGACGAUGACGAGCAGGAGGAGGCUGAAGCCGGAGACGAGAACAAGGAUGAGAACGAAGAUGAGAACGAAGAUGGCGAAGACGAGGACGACGAUGAGGACGAGGAGUAG